AUGUUUGUGUGUGUUAUUGUGUCGUUCCUUGUCCUUGUACCCCUGACGUUCUCCGUGCCCCAGUCACCGUGUCGUCACUGGUGUGAUGAUGACUUUCUGUCAGACGAGGCCCUCACAACACUACCCCCAGCCAUGCCUGAGAUACGCACAUACAUCAACAUGACCAUCCUCAAAGGUGAUAAAGGAGAAAAGGGAGAAAAGGGAACACCAGGAAAGCCUGGGGUAGAAGAUCCUCCUGGAGCACCAGUUCCUGAAGGCCCUAAAGGCUCUAAAGGUCAAGUAGGAGCACCUGGUACUCCAUACAAGUCGGAGCAGUCUGCGUUCUCAGUGGGUCGACGCAAAGCCCUCCACAGCAUGAACUCCUACCAGGUGAUUCUCUACGACACAGUCUUCAUCAACUCACCUGGCCAUUUUGACAUGUUCCCGGGAUGUAGGUACUGCUUCGAUGUGCAUGUGCACAUGUGGAACUUCAAGGAGGGCACUCUGGUGUACAGUUAGCCUGGAGAGCGCUCCAUCAUGCAGAGCCAGCAGCUCCAUGACCAGGUGUGGGUGCGUCUGCACAAGCGUGAGCAUGAAAACGCCAUCCACAGUGAUGAUCUGGACAUCUACACCACUUUCAGCAGCUACAUCACAUCAUGGCUCCAACAAGGCCUAAGAGAAACAUGA